AUGGCGGAGCUAUGGGGGUCCCUCAUUGGGUUGGAGAUAGCCUGGCCUUACGGGAUGAGGAACAUUUGUCUUGAAGGAGACUCGGUUACUGCUAUUGGCCUCAUUAGGUCUAGAGCUGAUAGGAAUAAACCCUUUUACAACCUUGUCAACAAAAUUCGGAAGCUUAUAUGGAGGGACUGGGUGGUGAUGAUCUCUCACGUCCACAGAGAGGGAAACCAAGUUGCUGAUAAACUCGCGAAUAUGGCUUUUAGUCAAGGUAGGGGAGUGCAGUGCAGCCAAACUGAAGAAAAUGCUUUGUCUGAUGUUGAAGUUCUGAGGUUAGCAGCUGGGGUAGAAUCAAAUUCGGUACAUCCAGUUGGGAGAGCGAUUGUAGAUGCUGCUCAGGCAGUUAAUUGUCAUAAUGCUAAGGUAGCAGAUGGAACAUUCCUGGAAGAACCUGGAUCUGGUGCAGUAGCAACCAUUGAUAAUAAAAAGGUUUCUGUUGGGACAUUGGAAUGGAUUACCAGGUGUGGAGUUAACAACAGUAUACAUCAAGAAAUGGAUGAGUGUAAAAACCAAUCCUUUGUCUAUGUUGGGGUCAAUGAGACUCUAGCUGGCCUAAUUUAUUUUGAAGAUGAGAUAAGGGAAGAUGCAAGACACGUUAUUGACACAUUGUCUAAGCAAGAUAUUGGUGUAUACAUGCUGUCUGGAGACAAAAGGAAUGCGGCUGAGUAUGUUGCAUCCCAUGUUGGAAUUCCCAAAGAGAAGGUGAUAUCUGAAGUGAAACCAGACGAGAAAAAGAAGUUCAUAAAUGAACUACAGAAAGAUAAUAACAUUAUAGCUAUGGUUGGUGAUGGAAUUAAUGAUGCAGCUGCUCUGGCUUCUUCACAUAUUGGUAUUGCACUAGGUGGAGGUGUUGGAGCUGCCAGUGAGGUAUCUUCUAUUGUAUUGAUGCGCAACCAGCUCUCACAGCUACUAGAUGCUUUGGAGCUUAGCAGGCUAACCAUGAAUACCGUGAAACAAAAUCUUUGGUGGGCUUUCAUAUACAACAUUGUAGGGAUUCCAAUCGCAGCUGGAGUUUUAUUUCCUAUAAAUGGGACUAUGCUGACUCCAUCAAUUGCAGGGGCUCUCAUGGGUUUCAGUUCCAUUGGCGUAAUGACUAACUCGUUACUUUUGAGAUUCAAAUUUUCCUCAAAGCAGAAACAAAUACGUGGCACAUUGCCAAAGAAGACCAAAAUUCGUGUGGAUUCUGGUCUGGCACACCAAAACCAGAAAAUAAAGUAUCCAUAUUAGAUGAUAGAUGGAGACGCACUAACACAGCGGAAACGAGGUUCCCCGUCCUGAUGUGACCAGGUGGAGCAUGGCAGGAGUAUACACUUCUACCCUUCCAUCUUGUGGUGGUCAUCUGAAGGAUGAAAAGAAAUCGAUACUAACCAAAAACCGAAUGUAUAAAAAUGAAAGAAUUACACCAUCAAAGAGAAGUGGGUAAAUAAUCAAGCAAUUGAUGUGAUGAGCUAGAUUUUUUCAAGAUACUUCUCAUUAAU